AUGGUUCAACCAAUACUUGACGAGAAAGAUGAAAAAAUAAAAUUUUUUAAAAAAUAUUGGAAGUAUGAUGGCCUUCAUGUAAUUUCACUUACAAAGGCGGGUUUAAGAGGAGACAAUCAAGAUGAAAUGUCUAUUGAAUUUGGAUUAGAUGAAAAAUUGAAAAGAUAUUAUUUAUUUGGAGUGUAUGAUGGUCAUGGAGAACAAGGAGAUCAAAUUUCGGAAGAUUGUGCUAAACAUUUGCCAAAAUAUAUUGCUAAUCAUUUACGUGUAUUACCAACGGGAUAUGAUGACACUGAAAACUAUUUUAAAACACUUGACGUUAAAGGUAUAAAAGGAAAUAAAGUUCGAAUGUCCGGUACAACGGCAUUAACGGUUAUGAUGACACCUAAAAAAAAUUUAUAUAUUGCAUUUGCUGGUGACUCGUCUGUAUUUAUAAUGUCAUCAAAUAAGUCAACAAGAGUUAAUAUAGAACAUAAUUGUCACAAUAAAACUGAACCUGAGAUAAUUGAUAAAGUUUAUCCGGCAUCCAGUCUUGAUUUACUUGUGCUUGCUUCUGAUGGCAUCACGGAUCGUUUCAAAAUAUUUAAAAAACACCCUACGGAGAUUUAUUUAAGUUUUCUAAAAAAGCACAAAGGAGAUCCGGACCGAUUUGUUAGAGCAUGCGAUGGAAUGAUUGAAUUAUGUGACACUAUAACUGAAAAGCGUAUUUGUGUAGAUGAUAUGUCUAUUAUAAUUAUUAUAAUUUUAAAUGGAAAAUCUGAAGAUGAGUGGUAUCACGCUGUUACGAAAAAUGCUGAGAACCUUGAUGAUUGGAUUCACGCAAGUGAAGAAGAAGAUUUAUCAGAAAUCGAUGAUCAGGACAUUUAUGACAAACAUUCUAAUGAAGUUGAUGACUUUCUAGUUUCAGUACCGUUAACAACAAUAUCAACUGGAUAUUAUGAUGAAGAUUCUGCAAUGAAUUUUACUAUUUCUGACGAUGAUGAUUUCGAUUGA